CGAUGUGGAAGAUGAUGACAGCCGGGAGUGACCGCUUUCGAAGAUGAAGACUGGUGUGUCGAGGGAUGAAGUUGACGAUGAAGUUCUCUUCAGAUGUCUACUGCGUGGUUCGGACGGGACGUCUUUGUUGCAGGGACCACCAUCAUGUGGGGACUACGCUGCUUUCCCAAGGGAUUCUCGUCCCAGUAAAUAUGUCGCUUUCAGCAAAGAUGGAUCCCUGUUCAGCUGGUGCAAUGGUGACAAGGUUAGUGUCGUGAAGACUUCAGAUGGAUCCGCUGUCCAAACGUUUGAUCUCCCUAAGGUGUCCUUCUUGGAGUUUUCGCCUCAGAAUAAAGUCCUUGCCACAUGGCAACAGUAUGCAAAAACACAGGAUAACCCCCAGGGAGACCCUAACCUACAGUUAUGGGACAUGGAGAGUGGCAAGUUUAUCAAAGGCUUCUAUCAGAAGAAAGUGCAGGGAUGGUGUCCGAGUUGGGCAGCUGAUGAGAGCAUAGCGUGCCGAAAUGUCAACAAUGAGCUUCACUUCUUCGAAGAGAACAACUUUGAAACCAUUGCCAACAAACUGCAUUUACAGAAAGUAUCAGAGUUUGCUUUGUCACCAGGAUGUAAACCAAACAAAGUGGCUGUGUAUGUUCCUGGAUCCAAGGGUAGUCCUUCUUUUGUACGACUUUACCAGUACCCAAACUUUGGCGGGCCCACCGCUGCUUUGGCCAAUAAGAGCUUCUUCAAAGCAGACAGAGUGUCAAUGCUGUGGAACAAUAAAGCCUCUGCUGUGCUGGUGACUGCGAGCGUAGAUGUGGAUAAAUCAGGAGCCUCCUAUUACGGGGAGCAGACUCUUCACUACGUGGCCACCAACGGGGAGAGUGCUGUGGUGCAACUGCCAAAGAACGGGCCCAUCUACGACGUGGCUUGGAGCCCAAAUUCCACUGAGUUCUGCGCCGUCUACGGCUUCAUGCCCGCCAAGGCCACCGUCUUCAACCUGAAGUGCGACCCAGUGUUCGACUUCGGCACGGGCCCCCGCAACGCCAUCUACUACAGCCCCCAGGCCCACAUCCUGGUACUGGCCGGCUUCGGCAACCUGCAGGGACACAUGGAGGUCUGGGACAUCAGCAAGUACAAGCAGGUGUCCAAGCUCCAGGCGGCCGACUCCACCUCCUUCUCCUGGUGCCCCGACGGGGAGCACAUUGUGACGGCCACCUGCUCGCCACGCCUGCGCGUCAGCAACGGCUUCAAGAUCUGGCACUACACGGGCACCGUGCUGCACAAGCAGGAGACGCCGGCGGGCCAGGAGCUGUGGGAGGUGGUCUGGCAGACGUUCCCGCCGGGCGUGUACCCGACCAAGCCCAUCAAGUACCAGGCGGCACACAGCGAGCUGGGCACCACGGAAGCCAAGCCGGCCCAGGCCUACCGGCCGCCCGCCCUGCGCAACAAACCUGUGUCUGCUUCCUCCAAACUGCAUGAAGAGGAGCCACCUCAGAACAUGAGGCCUGGAGCCGCUGGGGAAAAGGGAAUGUCCAAAGCAGCGUUGAAGAAUCAGAGGAAGAGAGAAGCUAAGAAGGCAUCUAAACUGGCUGAUGGGCAGCCGUCCCAGCCGGAGCCGGAGCCCAGUUCUCCCCCAGCCAACGCCGGCCCAGCGGCGCCCUCCUCAGGGGACCCCGAACUCGACAAGAAGAUCAAAAACGUUAAGAAGAAAUUGAAAGCAAUAGAAGAGUUGAAAGAGCAACAAGCUUCGGGCAAACCUUUACAGAAAAAUCAGCUUGACAAAGUGCAAAAGGAAGCCCAGCUUUUGAAAGAACUAGAAGACCUGGAACUUGGACUGUGAAGUCUUAGGCACUUAUUGGGAAUAGGAAGUUUCUCAUCAGUGGUGAAUACAAUUUAGGAGUAACACAUUGCAGCUUAAAGCCUGUUGCCUUUGACAUGGUGAGGUCUUCUUACAAAUCCACUCAACUGAAGGCAUUAUUGCUAUGCAAUGUUUUGUACAGGUGAUGAAGGCAGUAAAGUCUGCCAACAUUUUUUUUUCUUUCUUAUUUUUUUCUUUUUUCUUUUUUUAAGCACUACUAUUUUUAUUGUUAGAGCUGACAAGCAAUGCUGUGCCCGUUCAAAAUGUACACAGAAUUUUCUUUUCUUUAAAAAAAAAUUGAUUUGUUUGAAUUUAAUAUAAUUUGCUUUCAAAUUAUUUUGUCAACAUCAAAUGAGCUAUGAAUUUAAAUUGGUUUCAUCCAGGUUUCAUCAAAAUAAAAGUGUUUUAAGGUCCCAUCACACCCAUGCAUGUAUUUUGAAAUGAUGUUGCAAGUAAACAAACACAAAAAAAGCAAAGCAUAUAAUUGAGGACUCUCUUUGUCAUUUAUUUGACAACCUUCUUCUGUUGCUAGGAGAUGCUGCUUUAAUCAGUUGUCGAAUGAUGUAACCUAGUUAUUUCUGUAAAAAGGAAAAAAAUAAUCAAAUGUGAAAUUUUGAUUGAGAGUAAAGUGGUGAUUUGGAAGCAA